GAUUGGAAUCUGACAUGGUACACAGACAAUCCAGACUUCACCCAGUGCUUUCAGAACACAGUCCUGGUCUGGAUUCCUUGCAUUUACCUGUGGGUCUGCUUCCCCGUGUACUUCCUGUACCUUCGUUGUCAUGACAGGGGAUACAUACAAAUGUCAAACCUCAACAAAGCCAAAACAGCUUUGGGCUUGAUACUGUGGAUAGUCUGCUGGGCAGACCUUUUCUACUCUUUCUGGGAAAGAAGUCAAAAUAUUUUUCGAGCUCCAUUUUUUCUCGUUAGGCCUACAGUAUUGGGUAUAACAAUGUUGCUUGCCACAUUUUUAAUACAAUAUGAAAGAAUAAAAGGAGUCCAGUCUUCAGGUGUAAUGACGAUUUUCUGGCUCAUCUCGUUGUCAUGUGCCACAGUGGUUUUUAGAUCCAAAAUAAUACAUGCCUUAAACACGGGUGCUGAAGUGGAUACAUUUCGUUAUGUCACCUUCUGCAUCUACUUCACCCUGUUACUUGUACAGCUCAUCCUGUGUUGUUUUCCAGAACGACCACCUUUGUUUUCUGAAACAGUAAAUGACCCUAAUCCAUGUCCAGAGUUCAGUGCUUCUUUCCUCUCCAGAAUCACAUUCUGGUGGAUCACUGGAUUGAUGAUUCAGGGUUAUCGGAGACCUUUGGAAGCCAAGGAUUUGUGGUCAUUAAAUAAAGAGGACAAAUCGGAGGAGGUUGUGCCAGGUUUGGCUAGAAACUGGGCAAAAGAGUGGGCAAAGACCAAGAGGCAACCAUUAAACAUGUUGUACUCAUCUAAAAAGCAGCAAAAAUCAAGCGACUCAAAUGGUGAUGUGACAGAAGAGGCUGAAGCAUUGAUUAUAAAACCAUCUCAGAAGAGCUCUGAAGCAUCUUUAUUCAAGGUGUUAUAUAAAACCUUUGGACCAUAUUUUCUCAUGAGCUUCCUGUUUAAAGCUGCACAUGAUCUCUUGAUGUUUGCAGGCCCAGAAAUUCUGAAAUUGCUAAUCAACUUCAUAAAUAACAAAGCUGCCCCAAACUGGCAAGGCUACUUUUAUACAGGGCUGCUGUUUGUUUGUGCCUGUCUUCAGACACUGAUUCUUCACCAGUAUUUUCAUAUUUGCUUUGUAACUGGAAUGAGGCUCAAAACAGCUAUUGUUGGUGUAAUUUAUCAAAAGGCACUUGUUAUCACAAAUUCUGCUAGGAAGACUUCUACUGUGGGUGAGAUUGUGAAUCUCAUGUCUGUGGAUGCUCAGAGAUUCAUGGACUUGGCUACCUAUAUAAACAUGAUUUGGUCUGCACCUUUCCAGGUGAUACUAGCACUGUACUUACUGUGGCAGAAUUUAGGUCCUUCAGUGCUGGCAGGUGUGGCUGUCAUGAUCCUUCUGGUUCCGAUAAACGCUGUGAUGGCUAUGAAGACAAAAACCUAUCAGGUGGCUCAAAUGAAGAGCAAAGACAACAGAAUUAAGCUGAUGAAUGAAAUUCUCAAUGGGAUUAAAGUUCUGAAACUCUAUGCUUGGGAAUUAGCCUUCAGAGAGAAAGUAUUAGAGAUCAGACAGAAAGAACUCAAAGUCCUAAAAAAAUCUGCUUACCUUGCUGCAAUGGCAACCUUCACUUGGGUUUGUGCUCCUUUUUUGGUUGCCUUGUCCACAUUUGCUGUGUACGUCACAAUAGACAAGAACAACAUCUUGGAUGCUCAGAAGGCAUUUGUUUCCCUAGCAUUAUUCAACAUCCUCAGGUUUCCAUUGAACAUGCUUCCUAUGGUUAUCAGCAGCAUAGUAGAAGCCAGUGUCUCCUUGAAGCGCCUUAGGGUGUUCCUGUCUCAUGAAGAGUUAGAUCCAAACAGCAUAAUCAGGGGUCCCAUCGCAGAGGCUGAAGGAUGCAUUGUUGUAAAGAAUGCAACGUUUACCUGGUCCAAAAAUGAUCCUCCUUCACUGAACGGCAUUAAUUUCACUGUUCCUGAAGGCUCCUUGGUAGCUGUUGUUGGUCAAGUUGGCUGUGGAAAGUCUUCGUUGCUGUCUGCAUUACUCGGGGAGAUGGACAAAAAGGAAGGCUACGUGGUUGUCAAGGGCUCAGUAGCCUACGUUCCUCAGCAAGCCUGGGUCCAAAAUGCAACUCUGGAAGAUAACAUUAUCUUUGGAAGGGAGAUGAAUGAGAGCCGGUACAAGCGUGUGAUUGAGGCUUGUGCACUGCUGCCUGAUAUAGAGAUUCUUCCUACGGGAGACAAAACAGAAAUAGGAGAAAAGGGUGUGAAUUUGUCUGGAGGACAGAAACAGCGAGUCAGUCUUGCUCGGGCGGUUUACUGUAAUGCAGAUGUCUAUCUAUUUGACGAUCCUUUAUCAGCUGUUGACGCUCAUGUUGGGAAACAUAUUUUUGAAAAAGUUAUUGGACCAAAAGGAAUCCUGAAAAAUAAAGUAUGUCGUAAUGAGAUAUUUGUCUCUAGAGAAUGA